UCCGGCUAUGGAGGCCGCUUUGGUGAAACCGAUGGUGGCGGAGGUGAAGCCCGGUGCCGUGAGCGCCGAGCUGGAGGUGAAGAAGCUCCAGGAGCUGGUGCGCAAGCUGGAGAAGCAAAACGAGCAGCUGCGCAAUAGAGCCGCUGCCACCCCCUGCCCUGCUUCGGCGCCUGGUCCGAGCCCGACCAGCCCUCUGCCCCGAGUAGCCUCUGCCGCCGCCGCCGCCGCCGCCUCCCCAGUCCCCCGCAGCAGCUCCCCUCCAGCCGGCCGGUCGAGCCCAGCGCCGGCUCUCGUAUGCCAAGCCGAGCCCUUCGUCUACUUCAAGCCAUCCCCCACCGGGGCACCCCACGAAGCCCUCGCCGCCCCUUCCAUCCUUCUGCCCCCGGCCGGCCUUUUGGACGAGGUGGAAAUCCUGGAUCUUCGGAGGCUGGGAGGCUACGGCCGGGAAGAAAAGGAAAAAGAGCAGCAGCGCUUCCAGGAGGAGGAGGAGGAGGAAACCUGGCUAUAUGCUGCACCUGUUAAGGGCAUCAUGCAGCAAGAAAAAUCAUUGACUCCUUUGCAGUGGUGUCGACAUGUUCUUGAUAAUCCAAGCCCUGAGAUGGAAGCUGCCAAGCGUUCUUUGUGCUUCAGGCUGGAGCAAGCUAGUAGAUGGCGGAGUCUCUUCUCUUCAUCUGUAUCCUUGGCUUUUCCUUAUAGUCCUGUUGCAAGGUUUACUCCAUAUAGCAAUAGCUUUAACAGCCCUGCGUUCCCUAAAACCUUCAGCAAAGCAAUAUUAACACCUGAACAAACAGAUUGCAUUUCUAGAAGCUCCCCUCUUAGUCCCCAGUCAUCUCUGGACAGUGAAUUGAGCACCUCAGAAUUAGAAGAUGAUUCCAUUUCCAUGGGGUACAAACUACAAGACCUUACAGAUGUCCAGAUUAUGGCUCGGCUACAAGAAGAGAGCCUGAGGCAAGACUAUGCUUCAACGUCGACAUCAGUGUCAAGAAACAGUUCCAAUGUAUCUCUUCCUUUGAUCAAAAAAGGGACCAGUGGUGACCAGGAAUUUGAUCGUUAUAGCCUUGAAGAUGAGGAAGAGGAAUUUGUCCACUUACCCCCUCCACAGCCUCGACUCACACGUUGUUCUCCUUUCCAAAAAGGAAUUCCCCAUUCCCAAACGUUUUCCAAUAUACGUGACUGUAGGAGGAGCCCAGUUUCCCCAUAUUUUCCCUACAGUAAUAAUCAACAGCAGCCAUUUUGUUCUCCUCAACCCCCAAAUCUUCUGGAGUCUCAGUCAAGCAGAAUUAAUGGAGACAAACUCCGAAGAAGCAUGCCUAAUUUAGCUCGAAUGGCAAGUACCCUUACUGUCAAUGCAAACAGCAGCCCUGCUGGUUCUGUGAGGAACAGCCUAAGUUUUGAUUCUAACUUGCAUGGAGCCAGUAAUGGGGUAUCUAGAAUUCAGUCUUGCAUUCCUUCACCAGGGCAACUUCAACACAGAGUCCACAGCGUGGGACACUUUCCAAUAUCUGCCAGGCAGCCCCUCAAAGCUAUGGCCUAUGUGAGUCCAACAGUUCAAGGAAGUAACAGUAGCAGUAGCCUUGGGUUGUCCAACAGCAGCUUGCAAAUGCACUCCAGUACAAGCAUUCCAGUGCCAAACAAGACUGCAAACACAAAUAUUGUAACUCGUAGUAGUCUUCCUAGGCCUUCCCUGGCCAUCGGUGGAAGCAGUAUACCUAGGAGCAAAAUUGCACAGCCAAUUCGAAGGUAA